CUGGGAUAUCUGGCAACAAGCUUGUUGUUCUUUUUGACAGAUAUCAUCGCCUCCUUUCGCCUUUGUGACUACUAGCAAUACUUUUCUCGUGUAUACACAGCAGGCGAACUCUAGUCCAGAACAAAAUGCCGACGCCUUUGGAUCGCGCAUUAAACUCCAAGAACCUAUUUCUAGGGUUUGCCGGCAUGGUGACUGCAGCGGCCGCUUGGGCCAUCUGGGGUGGCGAUAUGUUCCCGGCUGAAGCUGACCCAACUGGAGAUCCGGAAAACUGGACUGCAGAUGAAAUGCGGACAUGGCUUCGAGUUAGGGGCCUUUUGCCCAGCGAAAGCGCAUCGCGUGACGAGUUACUCGAGCGCAUCAAAGCAAAUAUGCGUGUACCGCGAAGAUCUGCGGCCCAGUGAUGAGAUAGCAGUCGCUUUGUUUCGGGAGUCUUCGCUUGGCGUGUCGUGGGGUAUUUCCUUGGAUUUCUUUCCGUUUUCCUUAUGCGUCUCAAAAUGUGUAAUCGCGUGGUUGGAUCAUAGCGCAUGUGUUUAUCAUGUCAUCACACCGCAAUAGCAAUUCUAGUAAUUUUCGUCAAAG